GCGAGUGGGUGAAAAGACUCGUCUCUGCUGCAUCCCGGGCCACCGCUUGCUCCUGCGCCUCCUCCGUGCCGCCUCGGGUUCAGCACUGGACAGCUCCCGCCCCAGCCCCACAAAUGGCAGUCGGCUGAUUGACAGAGGAGCCAACCAAACAGGGAACUAGACGACUUGAAGCCGCCCUACAAGGGUUUGGUUGCGGCCAAGCUACCUCUUUAAACCGGCUUUCCUCCCUAGAGCAGGGAGAGGCAGGAGUGUGGUUUGUGGCCAAAGCUAAAGACUCCAAUUAACCAGCUGCCUGGCCCUCUCGACUCCGGAGAGUCAAACGUCUUAAAAGAAAUCUUCGCUCUUUGGGACUCGCUCCUGCGCUGGCGGUGCGGGACUGUGCGCGCGCGCUCCGCGCCUCGGGCGAAACGAACCAGGAGGAGCCAGAGCCGGGAGGCGGGAACGGCCUGCCACGGGUGAGAUGAUGGAGCAGCGUCUUCAGCGGCCGCGGCGGCAGCAGCAGCAGCAGCAGCAGCUUUUGAACACACCUCAAUGAGCGCGGCGGUGGAAGCUGCCGCGCAGAACGACGUAAGCAGGCUAACUAUAGCUGCCGGGAACAAGAGGGGAUGUAACCUGUUCGGCUCAAGGCUGUGAGGUGCGUAAUCCCGAGCCGACCCAUUGUGGAGCCGGUGCUGCCAGCGUUGCCACAGGUGAUUCGAUUUCCUGUGACGGUGGCUUAGCCAGCCGGGUCAAUUUCGAAACAUUCUUAUUUUAAAGUCCUUUUGGACUGGGUGCCAUCUGGAGAAGGGGGAAGACUCCUAGUAAAAGUCUUAGUGCUGAUAAAUUGACGACUAAAAUUUAAAAAGUGACUCCUCCCGUUACCUCCUCUCCUCUCCGCGAGGCAGAUGGGAGCCAUGGCUUAUCCCUUACUCUUCUGCCUUCUGCUCGCUUAUCUGGGAUUGGGAGCUGUUGGCGCCAGCCGUGACCCUCCAGGACGUCUGGAUUCCCCUCGAGAGAGGACCCUGAGGGCGAAGCAGCACGCCCAGCAGCCGGCUCGAGCCUCUGCCUCGGACCCCUCGGCUCCCUGGAGCCGCUCCACCGACGGCACCAUCUUGGCGCAGAAACUCGCCGAGGAGGUGCCCAUGGACGUGGCCUCUUACCUCUACACCGGGGACUCCCACCAGCUGAAGCGAGCCAACUGCUCCGGCCGCUACGAGUUGGCGGGCCUGCCGGGGAAGUCGCCAGCUCUAGCCAGCUCCCAUCCCUCCUUGCACGGGGCGCUGGACACGCUGACACACGCCACCAACUUCCUCAACAUGAUGCUGCAGAGCAAUAAGUCCCGGGAGCAGAACUUGCAGGACGACCUGGAAUGGUACCAGGCACUGGUGCGGAGCCUCCUGGAGGGCGAGCCCAGCAUCUCCCGGGCGGCCAUCACCUUCAGCACCGAGUCGCUGUCCGCGCCAACCCCCCAGGUCUUCCUCCAGGCCACGCGCGAGGAGAGUCGCAUCCUGCUCCAGGACCUGUCCUCCUCGGCACACCACCUGGCCAACGCCACGCUGGAGACCGAGUGGUUCCAUGGUCUCCGGCGCAAGUGGAGGACCCACUUACACCGCCGUGGCUCAAAUCAGGGGCCCCGGGGCCUGGGCCAUAGCUGGCGGCGCAGGGACGGGCUUGGCGGGGACAAGAGCCAUGUCAAGUGGUCUCCGCCUUAUCUGGAGUGCGAGAACGGAAGUUACAAGCCCGGGUGGCUGGUCACUCUCUCUGCUGCUUUCUACGGGUUGCAGCCUAACCUGGUCCCGGAAUUCAGGGGUGUCAUGAAAGUUGACAUAAAUCUUCAGAAAGUGGACAUUGACCAAUGUUCAAAUGAUGGCUGGUUUUCAGGAACUCACAAAUGUCACCUUAACAAUUCAGAGUGUAUGCCAAUUAAAGGCUUAGGAUUCGUGCUUGGCGCCUAUCAGUGCAUUUGCAAAGCAGGAUUCUAUCAUCCUCGAGUCUUCUCAGUGAACAACUUUCAGAGAAGGGGUCCGGAUCACCAUUUUGCAGGAGGUGCAAAAGAUGUGUCAGAAGAAGCCCACGUCUGCCUACCCUGCAGGGAGGGCUGCUCCUACUGUGCUGAUGACAGCCCCUGCUUUGUCCAGGAGGAUAAGUAUUUGCGACUUGCUAUCAUCUCCUUCCAAGCCCUGUGUAUGCUGCUCGACUUCGUUAGCAUGCUGGUGGUCUACCACUUUCGCAAAGCAAAGAGCAUCAGGGCAUCAGGCCUUAUCCUGUUGGAAACUAUCCUUUUUGGGUCUCUGCUUCUAUACUUUCCGGUUGUUAUUUUGUACUUUGAGCCAAGCACAUUUCGCUGUAUUCUCCUAAGAUGGGUUCGUCUUCUCGGUUUUGCUACAGUUUAUGGAACUGUCACUCUCAAGCUUCACAGGGUUUUGAAGGUGUUUCUUUCACGAACAGCCCAGCGGAUUCCAUAUAUGACGGGUGGACGCGUCAUGAGGAUGCUGGCAGUAAUACUCCUGGUAGUAUUUUGGUUUCUCAUUGGCUGGACUUCAUCUGUUUGCCAGAACUUGGAGAAGCAGAUUUCACUUAUUGGCCAAGGGCAAACAUCUGAUCACCUCAUCUUCAACAUGUGCCUCAUUGAGCGCUGGGAUUACAUGACAGCAGUUGCUGAAUUUUUAUUCCUCUUGUGGGGUGUUUAUCUCUGCUAUGCAGUGCGGACAGUCCCAUCAGCAUUUCAUGAGCCACGCUACAUGGCUGUUGCGGUCCACAAUGAGCUCAUUAUCUCUGCUAUAUUCCAUACAAUUAGAUUUGUUCUUGCCUCAAGACUUCAGUCGGACUGGAUGUUGAUGCUGUAUUUUGCACAUACUCAUUUGACUGUGACAGUCACCAUUGGGUUGCUUUUGAUUCCAAAGUUUUCACAUUCAAGCAAUAACCCACGAGAUGACAUUGCUACAGAAGCAUAUGAAGAUGAGCUAGACAUGGGCCGAUCUGGAUCCUACCUGAACAGCAGUAUCAAUUCAGCCUGGAGUGAGCACAGCUUGGAUCCAGAGGACAUUCGGGAUGAGCUGAAGAAACUCUAUGCCCAGCUGGAAAUAUAUAAAAGGAAGAAGAUGAUCACAAAUAACCCCCAUCUCCAGAAAAAGCGGUGCUCCAAGAAGGGCUUAGGCCGUUCAAUCAUGAGGCGUAUAACCGAGAUCCCAGAGACAGUCAGCAGGCAGUGUUCCAAAGAGGACAAGGAGGUCACAGACCACGGCACGGCCAAAGGCACUGCCCUCAUCAAGAAGAACCCGCAGGAGUCUUCGGGUAACACUGGGAAACCCAAGGAGGAAUCCCUGAAAAACCGAGUCUUCUCACUAAAGAAAUCCCACAGCACUUAUGAUCAUGUGAGAGAGCAAACAGAAGAAUCUAAUAGCUUACCAACAGAAAGCCAAGAAGAGGAGGCUACAGAGAAUUCCACACUGGAGUCUCUGUCAGGUAAAAAACUAACACAGAAACUGAAAGAAAACAGCGAGGCCGAGUCCAUGGAGUCUGUGCCUUUGGUGUGUAAGUCAGCAAGUGCUCACAAUCUCAGCUCGGAGAAGAAGCCUGGGCACCCACGAACAUCCAUGUUACAAAAAUCUCUCAGUGUCAUAGCAAGUGCCAAGGAGAAGACUCUUGGAUUAGCUGGGAAAACCCAAACAUCAGGCAUGGAAGAACGUGCCAAAUCCCAGAAACCUCUGCCAAAAGAGAAAGAGACAAACAGAAAAUACUCGAAUUCAGAUAAUGCAGAGACUAAAGAUUCCACCCCCCAAAAUUCCAAUCAUUUGGAGGAGCCAAGAAAACCUCAGAAAUCUGGGAUUAUGAAGCAACAAAGGGUCAACCCCCUUACUGCCAAUUCUGACAUGAGCCCAGGCGCCACCCAGGGGAAGGACAACUUUGACAUAGGGGAAGUGUGCCCUUGGGAGAUUUAUGACCUGACCCCUGGUCCUGUGCCUUCAGAAUCAAAAAUUCAAAAACAUGUAUCUAUUGCAGCUUCUGAAAUGGAGAAAAACCCAACUUUUUCCUUAAAGGAGAAAUCUCAUCCCAAGCCUAAGGCAGCUGAACUGUGUCAGCAAUCCAAUCAGAAGAGCAUAGACAAGGCUGAGGUAUGCCCUUGGGAGAGCCAAGGUCAGUCCCUUUUUGAAGAUGAGAAGCAUUUAAUUUCCAAGACUCAGGUUCCCCCAGGGAGAGCUAAAGAUGGGAAUGGUGGUCAGCAUUAUGCAGCCAAUGUGCGUGCUGGGCAAUUUGAAGAACUGCCCCCCAAAGUUGUAGCAUCAAAAGUAGAGAAUGAAAAUCUCAACCAUAUAGGAGACCAGGAAAAAAAGACAUCUUCCUCUGAGGAAAAUGUGCUUGGCUCCUAUAACUCAAGUAAUAACUUUCAGCAACCUUUAACGUCGCGAGCUGAGGUGUGUCCUUGGGAAUUUGAGACCCCAGAUCAACCAAAUGCUGAAAGAAGUGUAGCUUUCCCUGCCUCUUCUGCUUUAAGUGCAAAUAAGAUAGUGGGGCCUCGGAAAUGAGAGGUCUGGGAUACUUUUAAAGUGUAGCAUCCCCAGAAAGAAAAGAAGGAAUAAACCCCAAAUUUUAUAUAAGACAGAAGAUAGAAGGAUCAAAAAUUCCCAAGGAGUAUUUAUCAAUCAAGGGAAAUGUGAAAGGAAUGAGCAGAAGACGACUUAGGAAGCAGAGCAACAUCAAUGGAGUAGAGUAGACUGGCCAAAAAGUCUCUCCCCUGGUAACAUUAGCAAAAUCUGUACAUUUCAGCAUGUUUUAGGGGAAGUAGCCCUCAAUGUCUGCCCCUGACCAAUAUUUACCCAUGGGACUUUGAAGAUCCUAAGCAAGGCAAACCAGAA